UUCCCGCUCUCGGAGACGCGGCGGCCGGCCCUGGACUGAGUCGCGGGGGCGGAGCGGCGUUUGCAAUGGCUGCUACUGUGAACUUGGAACUUGAUCCCAUUUUUUUGAAAGCACUAGGCUUCUUACAUUCAAAGAGUAAGGAUUCUGCUGAAAAGCUAAAAGCAUUACUUGAUGAAUCUUUGGCUCGGGGCAUUGAUUCAAGUUACCGUCCAUCGCAAAAGGAUGUGGAGCCACCCAAAAUUGCAAACACAAAAACCAUUUCCAUUAAGCAGGAGCCCAAAACAUCAUCCAGUCUUCCUUCUGGCAAUAAUAAUGGCAAAGUUCUCACAACUGAAAAGGUAAAGAAGGAAGCUGAAAAGAGACCUGCUGAAAAAAUGAAAUCAGACACCCCUGAAGGAGUUGAUAUUCCAAAGAAACCUAGAUUGGAGAAACCAGAGACACGGUCCUCUCCCAUUACGGUGCAAACAAGCAGGGAUUUAGCUAUGGCUGACCUUUCCAGUUUUGAGGAGACCAAUGCUGAUGAUUUUGCCAUGGAGAUGGGAUUGGUUUGUGUUGUUUGUAGGCAAAUGACAGUGGCAUCUGGUAAUCAAUUAGUGGAAUGUCAAGAGUGCCAUAAUCUCUACCACCAAGAUUGCCAUAAGCCCCAAGUGACAGACAAGGAGGUGAAUGACCCUCGGCUUGUGUGGUAUUGUGCCCGAUGUACCAGACAAAUGAAAAAAAUGGCUUUAAAAACUCAGAAACCGCCACAGAAACCAGCCCCCACGGUUGUUUCUGUAGCUCCCGCUGUCAAAGACCCAUUGGUUAAGAAACCAGAAACUAAACUCAAACAAGAGACAACUUUUCUAGCAUUUAAGAGAACAGAAGUCAAGACAUCCGGGGCUAUUUCAGGAAAUUCUUCUAGUACCAGUGUUUCCUCUUCAGCAACUAGUGGCUUAACUGGAUGGGCAGCCUUUGCAGCCAAAACUACUUCUGCUGGUCCAUCAACAGCAAAAUUGAGUUCAACAACCCAAAACAAUAGUGGGAAACCUGCCACCUCAGCAGCUAACCAGAAGCCUGUGGGUUUGACUGGUUUGGCAACAUCAUCCAAAGGUGGAAUAGGUUCCAAAAUUGGUGCCAGUAGCAACACUUCACCCACUGUACCAUUGAAACCACCUCCACCUCUAACUUUGGGCAAAACUGGCCUUAGUCGCUCAGUUAGUUGUGACAAUGUUAGCAAAGUAGGUCUUCCUAGUCCGAGUAGUUUAGUUCCAGGAAGCAGCAGCCAACUAAGUGGAAAUGGAAAUAGUGGGACAUCAGGGCCUAGUGGAAGUACCACGAGCAAAACUACUUCAGAAUCAAGCAGCACUCCGUCGACAUCCCUUAAAGGUCCAACUUCACAAGAAUCACAGCUCAAUGCCAUGAAGCGAUUGCAGAUGGUCAAGAAGAAAGCUGCCCAAAAGAAACUCAAAAAGUAAUGUGGCCAAGUAGGUUUUAAUAUCAUAUUACCCUAAAGAUUAAAAUCUUGUUAUUAGGACAUAAAUUGUACUAUACUAUAAUUUAAUAAAAAACUUCAUAGUGAAAUUUCUGUUAUUCCUUACCUUAAAAUGCUAAAUAUAGAAAAACUUGGAACUCUUUGUUGUUUUAAAUCUGUUUAAGUUUUAUUUUAACAAUUUCCAUAGUAUGUGAAAACAAUUAAUAGAAUGACUAAUUCUUGGUGAGAACUUCCAGAAUCCCAGAAGACUGGUACCAUAUGUGAAUUAAAUCAAAAAAAGCAGUGGUUUGUUCAUCUUCUAUCAAAGCUCCAAGAAAUGAUCCUGUUGAAUACGGUGCCUCACAAGGUGCCUCACUAUAGUUUCUUACAUUCCCCCCAAUGUUCUCCAUGAUCAGUGUCAAGCCCCAGCCUGAUUCUCCCUAUUCUCCCCAAAUAUUUCAUCUCUCCUUUUUCAAAAUUAGCUUUUCACAAUUGAUUUCUGAUACCUCUAUAUUACCUUUUUAUCACCUCAAAUCAAUUAUUUGUCUCUUUCAAUAGAUUGUGAUCUACCAUGCCCUUUAAAUGCAGUAUUUCUCUCACAUUGUCCACAUUUCCUUACAUUGCCAGUGUAACAUAUGCACAUAGUAUAUAUUUAAUAAAUUUUGAAUUUUGAUCUAUCCUGGUUACAUAAUUUCUGAGAAUUAUUGAGAAAAAUACCCAUUCCAAGAGUCUGUAGUGGAUCAUGUCUACUUGUGUAUAUACUGAUAGCUUCUUCCUAUACCAUGAAAAAUAAGGCUGUUUUAUUUUUACUGCCCCAGAAUGUUACAACAUUUUAUGUCAUUUAAAUUAACUUUGUAUAAAGGUAGCUCCUGUA